ACAAGAAAAAGGGGGAGGAACAAAAUCGGAAUUGUCCAGAGAUUGCAACCCCUCGAGAAAUCCGGUCUUUGUCGACCAGAGAUUGAAGAUCGGAAGUCAUGCCGAUCUUCAAGACGCCCUUUAAUGGCUAAACGGUCAGGUUCAGCCCCUUCUACGAGUCUCGCCUCGCCGUGGCCACCGCUCAGAACUUCGGCAUCCUCGGCAAUGGCCGAAUCCACGUCCUCGACCUCCCUCCCACCGGCGGCGCCGUCGUCGAGUCCACUGCCUUCGACACCGCCGACGCCGUAUACGACGUUUCUUGGUCGGAAUCUCACGACUCCCUCCUCGUCGCCGCCGUGGGCGAUGGCUCCGUCAAGAUUUACGACACCGCACUUCCUCCUCCGUCGAACCCUAUUCGCUCCUUCCACGAGCACGCGCGUGAGGUUCACUCCGCCGAUUACAACCCCACGCGCCGGGAUUCGUUCCUCACAGCUUCGUGGGACGACACAGUCAAGCUCUGGACCAUGGAUCGUCCCGCGAGCAUUCGGACUUUCAAGGAGCACGCGUACUGCGUGUACCAAGCGAUUUGGAACCCUAAACAUGGCGAUGUCUUUGCCUCUGCUUCCGGAGACUGUACGCUUAGGAUUUGGGAUGUUCGGGAACCCGGAUCGACGAUGAUCAUCCCUGCGCACGAUUUCGAGAUCCUGUCGUGUGAUUGGAACAAGUACGAUGAUUGUAUCCUGGCGACAUCUUCAGUGGACAAGACGAUCAAGGUAUGGGACGUACGGAAUUACAGGGUUCCGGUGGCGGUGUUGAACGGCCAUGGUUAUGCAGUGAGGAAGGUGAAGUUUUCGCCGCAUAGAAGGAAUCUGAUGGCUUCAUGUUCGUAUGAUAUGACUGUGUGUUUGUGGGAUUUCAUGGUGGAGGAUGCUCUGGUCGGUCGCCAUGACCAUCACACCGAGUUCGCGGUGGGAAUCGACAUGAGCGUUCUUGUUGAAGGUCUAAUGGCGAGCACUGGAUGGGACGAGCUUGUGUACAUUUGGCAGCAAGGGAUGGAUCCCAGAGCAAGUUGAAAGUAAGUUUCGAUCCACAAACUUUGAAUUCGAUCUCUUAAUCAUACGAAAGUUUCGAAAUAAAGUUGAAAUCUUUAGGUGAAGGAAAUGUAACUUGUGGGUCGAAAUUGUUGGAAUGUGAUAGUUGAUUGAACAAGGAACAAGCUUUCCUUCCAACUGUGAAUUGAUUUCAAUUCAACUUCAUUACAGUGUGGUUCAUUUGCAAAUGGUGUUGAGAUUAUAGAUUA